AUGUGGCGCCGCAUAGCACAGCCCUUGGCCGCGGCGGCGCUGCCGGCGGCCGUGGCUGUGCAGCGGCAGGGCACGCAGUGUGAAUCCUGGAGCAAGAAGCAAGCAGGCUGCCCCACUGCAAAGCCCGUGCAGCCGAAGUCGCCUGUGCCCUCUGACAUCGACAUCGCCCAGUCGGUCCAGCCAGUCCCCGUCAAGCAGGUCUUCGCCGGGGCCUUCGGCCUUAAGGAUGAGGACCUUUUUUCGUACGGGCCCUACAAGGGCAAGAUCAACCUGAACCUCUGGGACCGCCUCAAAGACAAACCAAACGGCCACUACGUUGUGGUCUGCGGGAUCAAUCCAACCCCGCUCGGUGAAGGCAAGUCCACAACCACCGUGGGACUUUCUCAAGCUCUCGGUGCUCAUCUCGGCCAGAAGGUUCUGACGAACAUCCGCCAGCCCUCCAUGGGACCGACCUUUGGAAUAAAGGGAGGCGCUGCCGGAGGCGGAUAUGCGCAGUGCUUCCCCAUGGAGGACUUCAACCUCCACAUGACUGGCGACAUCCAUGCCAUCACCGCCGCGCACAACCUUUUUGCCGCGGCCAUCGAUACCAGGUACUACCACGAGAACAGCUCAUCGGCAAAGUUCAUCUGGAAUCGUCUCUGCCCUGUUGACAAGCACGGCAAGCGCCAGUUCGAACCAUCGAUGUACGCUCGCCUGGAGAAGCUGGGCCUGUCCCACAAAAAACACGAUCCCGAUUUGCUGACAGAGGAGGAGAUUGAAAAGUUCUGCAUAUUGGACAUCGACCCGGACACGAUCACAUGGAGGCGUGUGACCGACUGCAGUGAUAAGUAUUUGAGGAAGGUGGAGAUUGGGUUGAACUCGUCCGAGUUCUCCAAGAAGAAGGGAGAGCAGAUGAAGCGGAUGGCUUCCUACGGCAUCACCGUCAGCUCCGAGAUCAUGGCAAUCCUGGCCUUGGCCACGGACUUGAAGGACCUCCGCACGAGACUGGGGAAGAUGAUCUGCUGCUACUCCAAGAAGGGGGAGCCCAUCACAGCAGACGACUUCGGCAUUACAGGCGCACUGGCAGUCCUCAUGAUGGAUGCGCUGCCACCGAACACGAUGCAGACCCUUGAGGGUACGCCAGCCCUCGUUCACGCAGGGCCCUUUGCCAACAUCGCCCAUGGCAACUCCUCCAUCAUCUCUGAUCUUAUUGGCCUGAAGCUCGUCGGCAAGGGUGGCUAUGUGCUGACCGAGGCCGGAUUUGGCUCCGACAUGGGCGGCGAAAAGUUUUUCAACAUCAAGUGCUACUACAGUGGCCUCAAGCCAGACUGCGCCGUGAUUGUUUGCUCGGUUCGGGCCUUGAAGCUCCACAGCUGCGAGGCACCGAAAAUAGUGGCCGGGCAGACACCCUCCAAGGAGUACAGCGAGGAGAACCUGGAUCUGGUCCAGAAAGGCUGCUCUAACCUGGUGGCACACAUCCAGAAUGUGCGCAAGCAUGGCGUGAAGGCUGUCGUGGCCAUCAAUCGCUUCGGCACUGAUACUGAUGCGGAAAUUGAGCUUGUCAGAAAGGUCGCCCAGGAGAACGGCGCCUUUGCAGCGGUCGUGGCUGAACACCACGCCAAGGGAGGAGCUGGGGCGACGGCCUUGGGAGAGGCCGUGAUGUCUGCCUGCAAAUCGGGACCAUCGGAGUUCAAGUUCCUCUACGAUGCGGGGAAAGACUCCAUCAAGACCAAGAUCUUGAAAGUCGUGCAGGAUGUCUACGGCGGAGCUGAUGUGAAGUAUUCGGCCAAGGCGGAAGCCGUCCUGGCCAAGUACGAGUCCGACCCGGCAAUCCGAUGCCUGCCGAUCUGUAUGUCCAAGACUCAGUACUCCCUGUCGGACGAUCCGAAGAAGUUAGGCGCCCCUAAAGGAUUCACGAUCACAGUGCAAGACAUGUAUGUGAGUGCUGGGGCCGGCUUUAUCGUGGUUUCGCUUGGUGACAUCACCUUCAUGCCUGGCUUGCCCAUCAAGCCGGCAUACUACAAAAUCGAUUUGGAUUUCAGCCAGCACCCGCCACGGGUGGUGGGUCUAUCUUAG